AUGAGUAGACAAGACCCUCGCAGUCUCUUGGAUCUUGCAGUGCAGAGCCUGCUGAGUGAUGAGGACUCAGCUGUGCGUGUCCUGAAAGAACUCCCUGUCAGCCUCUUCCCAAUACUCUUCACCAAAGCCUUAGCUGGGGGACACAGAAAGAUUGUGAAGGCCAUGGUACAGCUCUGGCCCUUUCCCUGCCUCCAUGUGGGAUCAAUGAGAAAGCAGUCAAAAUAUCUGUUGGAAGCUGUGCUAGAUGGACUGCAACUCGUUCCUGCCAACACUGCAUGCCACAGGAGAUCGAAGCUGAAGGUGCUGGAUGUUACCCAUGACUAUGAGAUAUCUAACUGGGAGGAAUGCUCUGAGACCUUUACUGCACCGUUCCUCAUCACUCACAGGUUGGAAAAGCUGGAGGCAGACCAGCAUACACUCAAUAGCAGAGAGCAGUCUUUGUGUGAUGGAGAACCGGUGGAGAUCAACCCUGACCUCAAGUUAUGUGGUUUGACACUAGUCAUUACCCAAGUGCCAUUCUGCAGCCUUGUGGAGAUCAUGGGAACACUUGAACUGGAGUCCACCGAAGAGUUGAGGCUGCAGCACAAGUAUAUGAUCAGCUUCCAGUCACACUUACUCCAGUUCUUCACCCAAGUAGGACAGAUUACCAGCCUGAGCAACCUCAUCCUUCCUGACCUCCCCUGGAAUUUCCUUGCUGACUGUUUCUCUGUGCUGAGUUGUUUGGGCCACCUUAAGAAGCUCCACCUGAUCUUCAGCUCACUCUCAGGGCAACUACGUAAGAUGCUCAGUUGCCUGCAGAAACUAUUGGAGAGUCUGGUGGUCACUGGAUGUAGACUUAUUAAAAAUGAUAUUGCCUACUUAUCCUUGAGCAUUCACACCACCUGCCUGAAGGAGUUGGUAUUAUCUAACAAUAACUUGUCUCAAAUGGCUCCUGGGCCCCUGGAGGUUCUCCUGGGUAAGGUCUCAGACACUCUGCAGCACCUGAACUUGAGAAGCUGUGAGUUGGAGGAAUUCCAACUCAAAGCCCUCCUGCCUGCCCUAUGCAGCUGCUCUCACCUUUGGUCCCUUGUCUUGGGUGACAACCUUAUCUCUAUGUCAGGCCUCAUGAACGUGCUUCAGCAGUUAGCAGGGCUGAAGGAGCUGAAGUGUGUGCAGUACCCUGUCCCUGCUGAAUGCGUCAUGUACUUGGAUGACAGCAGAUCGGGGAAACUCAACAGAGUGAAAGUGGCUCAAGUGCACACCAUCUUGCAGGAUAUGUUACAAACUCUACAGCAGGAAGACAUAAAGUUGACAAAUCCUUGGCGAUGUGAUUAA